ACUGACUCUUCAUACUUCAACUUGUGUUCAGAAGGGUUCAAGUUUAAAUCCUAUUGCUUCCCGUUGAGUGUCCAUUGGCCAGUAAUCAUUUGCAAGAUUUCUUAAAAAAUAAGGCUAUUAAUUACAAGCCUAGUACAUUCCCACUCCUUGUCCUUCAGAAAGCAAAGCAACUUGGCAACUAAAGUACUGAUCAAAUGGGUAGGGUCGAAGCCACCCAGGAUGGAGAAAUACCACAACUUGGUGAACCUAUUGGUUCAUUUACUCCUAAGUUUCAAGAACAGAAGAAUCAGGCCAUUGGAAGCCCCUGGAGCACCGGAUUAUUCGACUGUCAUGAACACCAGACAAAUGCCAUUAUGACAGCCUUUUUACCUUGUGUGACAUUUGGGCAGAUAGCAGAAGUCCUUGAUGCUGGCAAAAUGACUUGUCAUUUGGGGAGUUUCAUUUACCUCUUGAUGAUGCCUGCCUUGUGCUCUCAAUGGAUAAUCGGCUCAAAAUAUAGAACAAAGCUGAGGAAGAAGUAUGUGGUAGAAGCUCCGUAUACAGAUGUGAUCUCUCACAUCUUUUGUCCAUGCUGUUCCCUUUGUCAGGAGUUCAGAGAGCUUAAAAACAGAGGACUUGAUCCUGCUCUAGGAUGGAAUGGAAUUCUUGCUGAACAAGAAGGAAGAAGGCAUCAUGAUCAAACCGUAGCUGUCCCUCCUCCAAAGCAAGCCAUGUAUACCUAAGAGUUACAACCUCACAUGGAAAGUUGUCAAAUCUCUAUAUUUGUUUUUAUUUUGCAUCUUGUAUUUCCACAUAUUGAAGAUUAAAAGGUUAUGUUGGGCUCGAGUUUAAUUACAACCACCCCUUUUUAAGCUUGUGACCAUCCUGUUGAAUCAAAGAAGUGAUCGAAAUUUUUAGUGUGCCUUUUAUAGUAAUACCUAGAUUAUGCAGAUUUAUGUGUGAACUUGGAUGCACUAGGACUGUUUUGAGUUCUAUU